AUGUCCGGCACCGCCGUGUCACGCUGCGGCUCUGCGGUCGUGUGCGAGGUGGAGGAAUUCCGGAGGAAGGACGCAGCGGAGGGGCUGAAGAUCGCCCAGGUGCUGCAGGGCUUUGUGAACCGCAAGGUGGUGAAGCAGACGGUGAUGACGGUGGUGUACGGGGUCACGCGCUACGGCGGGCGCCUGCAGAUGGAGAAGCGCCUCAAGGAGAUUGAGGAGUUCCCUGAGGAAUACCUGUGGGAAGCCUCUCGCUACCUGGUGAAGCAGGUGUUCAGUGGCAUCAAGGAGAUGUUCUCAGCCACUCGAGAUAUCCAGAACUGGCUGACGGAGAGCGCCAAGCUCAUCGCCCAGUCGGGACAGACCGUGGAGUGGGUGACGCCACUGGGGCUGCCCAUCGUGCAGCCCUACUAUCGCUGCAAGCCCACUGUGCUGAACUGCAGCAUGCAGAACCUGACUGUGAAAAGCUUCAACAGCAACCAGAAGCCCGACACGGUGAAGCAGAAGAAUGCCUUCCCCCCCAACUUCAUCCACUCCCUGGACUCCACGCACAUGAUGCUGACGGCUCUGCACUGCCUCCGGCAGGGUCUGACCUUCGUCUCGGUCCACGAUUGCUACUGGACCCACGCGUGCACCGUGGACGUCAUGAACCAGAUCUGCCGGCAGCAGUUCGUGGCUCUGCACAGCGAGAAGAUCCUGCAGGAUCUGUCCGACUUCAUGCUGGAGAAGUACUGCAGGUAUUCCUGACCCCCACCACG